UUGUUGACUGAAGAAGCCGAUUGAAUCUCCAUGAAGAUGGGUUCUGCUGAAAUUCCUAAUCCAUUUGGAACUUGUUGAAGUGUGUGACACAACCAGAUCUACCCUUUGAAACAAACGACCAUGUCGGGACACGACAAGAAGGAAGCUUUGCUUCAAUUCGCGCCGAUGCAGAGCUCGGUCGAUGAAGGUUUCUGGCACAGAUUGUCUUCUUUGAAGCUCAACAAGCUUGGCAUUGAUGAUUCCCCAAUACCCAUUAUUGGUUUUUAUGCACCUUGUUCACAUUCUCUAGUAUCAAAUCAUUUAACUCUUUUAGCUGAGUCAUUGCCUUCUGAAUCAAGUGAGGCAUCAUUAAUGCCAGAACCGAGCCGUGGCAACAGGAACAGGUGUUCUGUUCCAGGGAUACUUUACAACACUAAUACUGUGGAAAGCUUCCAUGCACUUGAUAAGCAUAAACUGUUGAAGGAAGAGGCACGAAAGAUCUGGGAUGACAUUCUAACUGGAAAAGCUGUGGAGGACUGUUCAGUACUUUCAAGAUUCCUUCUUAUUUCUUUUGCAGACCUCAAAAAGUGGAGUUUUCUCUACUGGUUUGCUUUCCCUGCUUUGAUGCUUGAUCCUCCUGCAACUGUUGUUAAUCUAAGACCAGCUUCUCAGUGGUUGAGUGUAGCAGAGGCAGAGUCCCUCUCUGCAGCCUGUAAUGAGUGGCGGAGCUCGAAAUCAACAGCAGAUGUCCCAUUCUUUUUAGUCACUAUAGAUCCAAACUCACGUGCUACUGUUAGGCUUCUGAAGGACUGGGAAGCUUGUCAGAGCGAUGCUCUCAAGAUCCUCUUUGGAUUUUAUGACCCGUGUCAUCUCCCAAAUAACCCUGGGUGGCCUCUACGCAACUUCUUAGCACUUAUUUCUUUGAGGUGGAAUCUCAAGUCUGUUCAAUUUUUCUGCUACAGAGAGAACCGUGGUUUUGCAGAUAUGGGGUUGUCCCUUGUUGGUGAAGCAUCGAUAACAGCUCCACAAGGUAGAGCUGUAUUAACCGUGCCUAAUGCAGUCGGAUGGGAACUUAAUAAGGGGAAAAAAGUACCUAGGUGUAUUAGCCUUGCACAGUCUAUGGAUCCAACCAGGUUGGCCAUAUCCGCUGCAGAUUUGAAUUUAAAGCUUAUGAGGUGGCGUGCUUUGCCUUCUCUAAACUUGAGUGCCUUAUCUUCUGUAAAAUGUCUUCUCCUUGGAGCAGGCACACUUGGAUGCCAGGUUGCACGCAUGCUUAUGGCAUGGGGUGUCCGAAAAAUUACUCUAGUUGACAAUGGCAGGGUGUCUAUGUCUAACCCAUUGAGGCAGUCUCUUUAUACUUUGGAAGACUGUCUUAAUGGUGGUGAAUUUAAAGCUACAGCAGCAGUUCAAAGUCUCAAACGGAUAUUUCCAGCUGUGGAAGCAGAAGGCAUUGUUAUGGCUAUACCAAUGCCUGGACAUCCAGUAAAUAGCCAGGAACAGGAUAGUGUGCUUGAAGAUUGUAGACGCUUGCACGAUUUGAUUGAUGCUCAUGAUGCAGUUUUUUUAUUGACAGAUACAAGGGAAAGUCGAUGGCUCCCAACACUUCUCUGUGCCAACACUAACAAGAUUACCAUUACUGCAGCACUAGGGUUUGAUAGUUUCUUGGUUAUGCGCCAUGGAGCUGGUCCGUUCAGUCAUGCCCAUGACUUAAGUGCUGAAACUGCUAAUUCUUCAUCUGCCGAGAUGCACAAAUUUUGCGUAAAUGAUGCAGAUGGAAAGCAUAGAUUGGGCUGUUAUUUCUGCAAUGAUGUUGUUGCACCAACGGAUUCAACAUCCAACCGCACGUUGGACCAGCAAUGUACUGUGACCCGACCGGGGCUGGCUCCUAUUGCUUCAGCUCUUGCAGUUGAACUUUUGAUAGGGAUUUUGCAUCACCCUCAAGGGAUAUUUGCAGAAGGUGAUAUUAACAACAGUGUCAUUGGAGCUACCGAGCAACCUCUUGGUAUUUUACCUCAUCAGAUUCGUGGUUCCCUUUCUCAGUUUUCUCAAAUGACCCUUAUAGGUUACUCCUCUUCCAGCUGCACAGCCUGUUGCCAUACAGUUGUAUCAGAAUAUCGAAACCGUGGAAUAGAGUUCAUACUUCAAACAAUUAAUCAUCCUACCUACCUAGAGGAUCUCACUGGACUUACAGAGUUGAUGAAAUCAGCCACCUCAUUCUCAUUGGAUUGGGACAAGGACAUAGAUGAUGAUGAUGAUGACGACUGUGUUGAAAUUUAACAAUUACUCAGUUGCACAUAAACUAAUUGAAGCAAUUUAUAUGAUUUUUUUUACCUAUUUCAACAGCUGAUUUUGUUAAUAUACACUUAUCAAAUGUACAAUGUUAAU